CUCAUUCAUGUCGUCUUCCGUUUUCUCUGUGGCAUUAACCACUCCUCAUACUCAGGCACUUCACAUUAUUGCGCAACAGUGUGGCCUCCGCCUCCUCGCACGCGUCCCUGACCAGACUAGAUCAGCCACUCAUCCAGCCAGCCUUUGCUCCAACUGCACUGCAGCACCAUUCCCAGCAUAGCCGUCGGAGCGCAGCGAUGUUUUCUUGCAGAGCAGCCUGGCAAAGGUGUGGGCCUCUGGCGCGGAGAGCAGCCUGCAGGUUGCCCCGGGAUGGUGUGCAGCGGCGACCAAUGUCAUCAGUUCCUGGUGGGUCCGGGGAGAACAUAGUCUACACUCUGCUGUGUGGUGGAGCCUUCGUUGGCGCUGUUGCAUACGCAUACAGCACUGUGUCCACAGACGGCGCCAGGUUCAAUGAUCGCAUUGCAGAAAUCAAAGCCAGACCCAAGACUGAGUGGGCACCUAAACCAUGGCCACCUAAGAGCAAGGACGGAGAAGAGGCUGGAGAGGAGGAGGAGGAGUUGGCAGUCGAGGAGGCCGCUGGAGAGGCUGAGGUUGGCGAAGAGGAGGUUGCCGCCGGUGGCGAGGCCGAGUCCGUCGCCGAGGCAGUCGCCGAGGAGGCAGAGGCUGUCGGCGUCGUCGAAGCAGUCGCCGAGGAGGCAGAGGCUGUCGUCGAGGCCGUUGCCGAAGCGGUUGCAGAGACUGCCGAGGCCGUCGCUGAGUCGGCUGAGGCCGUCGCCGAGGUUGCGCACGAAGUGGAGACGGUCGCAGAAGAACUGGCUCACGUGGCCGAAGCGGUCGAGGAGACAGCCAAGGCUAUCGCAGAACCAGCCGCCGUGGCUGCAGAGGAGCCCAAAAGCAACGUGCUGCUGGCAGCCGUCUCUGCUCUAGAGGUACCAAAGAUAACUCAAGAGUUGACCAUUGCUGUUGAAGACGUCAAAGAGUCAGUGGCGCCAGUAGAGGCACAGCCAGUUGAAGAAAUUGCACUAGUUGAGGAUGCAACUAAGCCAGCAGAAGAGGCCCCUGCACCAGUAGAAGAAGCUCCUGCACCAGCAGAGGAAUCUGCCGCCGAGGUUGUUGAAGAGGCCUUGGCACCAAUGGAAGCUGAGCCAGUGGUUGAAGAUGUCCCAGCACCAGUAGAGGCUGAGCCAGUUGUUGAAGACGUCCCAGCACCAGUAGAGGCUGCGCCAGUUGUUGAAGACGUCCCAGCACCAGUAGAGGCUGCGCCAGUUGUUGAAGACGUCCCAGCACCAGUAGAGGCUGAGCCAGUUGUUGAAGACGUCCCAGCACCAGUAGAGGCUGAGCCAGUUGUUGAAGACGUCCCAGCACCAGUAGAGGCUGAGCCAGUUGUUGAUGUCCCCACACCAGUAGAGGUUGAGCCAGUUGUUAAUGUCCCCGCACCAGUAGAGGUUGAGCCAGUUGUUGAAGAGGCCCCAGCCUCAGUAGAGGCUGCGCUAGUUGUUGACAACGUCCCAGCACCAGUAGAGGCUGAGCCAGUUGUUGAGGCUCCAGCACCAGUAGAGGCUGUGCCAGUUGUUGAGGCUCUAGCACCAGUAGAGGCUGGGCCAGUUGUUGAGGCUCCAGCACCAGUAGAGGCUGGGCCAGUUGUUGAGGCUCCAGCACCAGUAGAGGCUGGGCCAGUUGUUGAGGCUCCAGCACCAGUAGAGGCUGCGGCCGUGGUAGGAGAGGCCUCAACGCCAGUGGAACCAGACAUCACAACAGUUGUAGAAGAAGUCGCAGCAACGCCAGCUGUGGAAGUAGCCACCGCGGUGAUGGUGGAAGAAGCAGCAGCAGAGACCCUGGCAGAAGGUCCCAAGAGAGAGUACAUUGUUGUGGUUCUGGAAGGAACACCGAAAGCUGAAAAAAGGCCGAAGGUGCUAGGAAUAGGGCCCAUGACUGGAAGAACCAUCCCAGCUCCAGAAGAGGAUGAUGCCCCUUCUUCUGAGGGUAGGCGACGUCUUCUUAGGAUGCAAAUGCAGUAGUUCCAAAUAAGUAAACAGCUCCCGAAUGAUGACUUUCUAUCCUGCAGAAGAAGAGGAGGUGCCUUUCUCGAACACUUUCCCUUUCUCCCUUCACCCAUAAAAAUGCAAGGGACUAAAAUGUAGUUUCAGUGAAAAGAUACACAUGCUGCUGUGUUUAAAUCGAUGCCUGCUUUAUGGAACCACCCUUCCUCACAUAUUAGCGGUGCCCAUAUGGCCCAUUACUUUGACACUCCACACUGACUUGGCUGUAUAGUCCCAGCUGAGCUCAGUCAGUAGUUGAACAGAUCUCUGGUUUAUCAUGUAGUAACCUCGAUAAGUUCUUGUAACUUCUGUGAAUUGUAACCCGUUUACUUCUGUAGCCAAAACUGAGCCAUUCAUUCACCGUAUUUUGUAUUGUACCGUUAUAGUGUUCACUGCCUCCGAAAUCACUCAGGUGGAAUACCUUGACACUCAUCGCAUCCUGUUAACCCGGGCUCUGCCCAGCCACUUAGUUGACUAACUAGUAUAAUAUUGUGAAGAAGCGAGGCCUGUUUUUAUUCACCAGCAUUUUUUUCAAUACCCGGCCUCAGAUUUUUCUCUGUAAAAAACUUGCUGUAGUUUUUGUUUCACAAAGAAAGACCCUUUCUACCUCACCUUGUUUUUAGUCUUUAAAAUGAUAGGAUGAACCUCUUCUUGAGGCAGUUACAGUGUUACAGUUCCUAAGCCAACAAUACAGUUGCUAAGCUGCUGACUUCAAAAAUCACAUUCUUACUUUUCAAUAGCUGUAAUUUGAUCACCUAAACGUAUCAUGUCAAACUAAAUAAGCAGGCAUUUGUGGAUUUUCCUUUGUCUUCCAUUUUAGUUUGUUCCUCUUUAUUUUCUAGACAAUGUCAUGAUUAUAUAGUGAAUGUAUAACAUUUUGGACAUCCUCUGGUAUUAUGUUGCAAUCUUUUAAACUUUGGCUUGUAUUACAUUGAUAAUGCAACAGUCCUUGUAUCAUUUGUAUCCACAGCUCCUCCUUAGCCAUUAAUAUAGAUGGGAGGGUUGGAUAAGGAAAUGGAUAAGUAGCCGUAUGUUGUUUUGCUUUUUGCUUUUCUGUCCUUUCGCAGAGCUUUUGUUGUCUUGUUCUAGCAGUCUGGUCUGCGUGGAUGUAUAUUAUAAAGGCUUGCAGCAAGUAUGAACCGUAAUGAUGCUGAUGUGCUGGUGUGACAUGAAAAGUGUGUGUAUUUUUGGAAGCAUUGCGGUAUGUCUGACGUAAGGUCUCCAGUGUGAAAAGCUUUGACAGGUUGGUUGUAGUUCUCUCUUUAAUUUCUUCUUUCAGAUUUUCUCGUCUCCACUGUCAAGUUUUUGGCCUCUGUUAGUUUGGUGUUCACUAUUUAAAAUGGAUCACUGAGGGGAGAAUCGAACUUGCCAGCUAAUAUGGAUUUAAAAAGGGGAAUGAUUUGAUUCUGAGGUUUCUAUGAUAGGAUGAGGGUGGAUGCCUUUGACUGGCGAAGGACAGAAACGUAUUGUUUCACGUUAGUUUUUCCUGUUUUUGUAAAAUAAAAAGGGAUUAAACUUGA